AUUUCCGGGGCACUUUGCAUCUCAAUAUACAAUAAAAAUGCGAAACGGUAUGUACUUAAGGAUUUCUGCUCCUAGCUCCGUUUAUUCAAACUGACACUAUUAUUGCAGUGUAUUUUGGAAUUCUUGUAUGGCUGCUGUAUGCGAACUGCAAGGCCGUAAAAGAUCCUUGCGAAGGUCUAGAGGAUGGCACACGCUUAUCUCAUGCCAUUCAGUGUGAUCGGUUUGUAAUUUGUAAGGGCCAAAGGAUGUUCUCGGUUGGAAAAUGUCCUCGUGGAUUGCACUUCAAUCGACGUCUUGGAGUUUGUGAUUUCAAGCAACGCGCUCGAUGUGAUGUAGCCUUGGUGUUACCAAGCCUCGGGAUAGAGUCAAGAGUAAGUGAAUGUUGCAGUGACUGCUGCGGCUGUUGCAAUAAAAUACCGAGUCCUGAUGUGCCCUCAGUCCCAGACGCUGCAUCCUUACCUGCUGCGCUUUCAACACCCGAUGCUCCUGCAUUACCAUAUCAACCAUUAACUGGCCCAUCAGGCACAAAUUGCAGCCAUAAAGGCGUAUGUGAAGGUCAACCAGAUGGCGCCAUGUUUCCUGAUCCUGGCUCAAACGGCUAUAUAGUUUGUCAAUGUGAAUGUGAAAUUGCAAUGCCUUGCCCUUCUGGCUUAAUUUUUAAUUCUGUGUUGAAAGUUUGCGAUUGGCCGGAAAACACUUCAGGAACUUUGAGUACACCAACUACUACAACACCAACUUCCGUUCCAUCUUCGACAGCAACCAUUACAUCCACCACUGACACUUCAUCAACGCCUACGGACUCGUCUACUCCAGACGCAUCUUCAAACUCAACUUCGGACACACCUGCAAUACCGAUUGUCACAUCUACUACUUCCGAGACAUCCUCAACUACAAGUGCUACAUUUCCUUCCGACACUUCCACAACACCAACAGAAUCUUCCACACCAGACACUUCUUCAGCCUCAACUACAAGUGCUACAUCUCCUUCCGACACUUCCACAACACCAACAGAAUCUUCCACACCAGACACUUCGUCAGCCUCAACUACAAGUGCUACAUUUCCUUCCGACACUUCCACAAAACCUACAGAAUUUUCCACACCAGACACUUCUCCAACUCCAACAGUGACAAGUUUUACGACAUCUUCGGACAUUUCUUCGACAGCAAUAAACACUUCGACACAAGAUACAUCUACCAGCACAAGUGGCACCAAUCCUUCAGAUACAUCUUCAACAUCAAGUGUCACAACAACAUCUUCCGCCCCUUCUUCAACUUCUAACACAUCGACAACACUUCCUGAUAUAAGCACUUCAGCCACGCCUUCAACACCAAGUGGCCCUGCUACGGGUCCAUCAGGUACAACUUGUAAUAACAAAGGUGUAUGUGAUAAUCAACCAGAUGGCGCCAUGUUCUCUGAUCCCGAUUCAAAUGGCUAUAUAGUUUGCCAAUGUGAAUGUGAAAUUCCAAUGCCGUGCCCUUCUGGCUUAAUAUUUAACUCAGUGCUGAAAGUUUGCGAUUGGCCAAGCUCUGACGAUCAAAAACCCAUCAUACCGUCAACCGGCCCGUCGGGUACCGUAUGUAAUAAUAAGGGCAAAUGUGAUGGUCAGAAAGAUGGCACUUUGUUUUCAGAUCCUAAAUCAAGUGGCUAUAUAGUAUGUCAAUGCGAAUGUGAGAUUUCUAUGCCUUGCCCGGGUGGUUUAGUAUUCAAUCCGAAUGUGAACGUAUGUGACUGGCCCAUGGCCUUCGAUGUGGGCGUAGUUAUUGUCCGUGUUUUGUUUAGUGGAAACGGAAGUUCCAGUAGCAGACCAUAUUUUAACCAUCGCAGAAUGCUAAGAGUUAUAACGUUAGCAGUCUUGGUGCUAAGCGUGGAGGCGAAUUAUGUGAGCGAACCAAGGUGCACUAAUUCGAUAAUCGGUAGCAGACACCCCCAUUUUUUGGAAUGCUCCAAAUUUGUAAUAUGUGUUAAGACAUGGUUUGGUCGGGUUCAAAGCUGUCCAAGUGGAUUGCAUUUUAAUGCAGAAGAGGCGGUAUGCGACUAUCCAUCCCGGGCCGGAUGUGCCAUGGAAAGAUCUCUUGUGAAACCUAGUUGCGAAUGUGAUUGCAGUGUAUGUUGCCCAACUAGUGUGCCUUGCGAUACUUCAACUUCAACAUCACCUUCGGCUCCAACUUCCCCAAUAACAGAGGCUCCUUGUGAAACGCCAAGUCCAACAUCUACGCCUUCAUCCCAUUCAACUGCAACAAUCUCAACAGCGCCACAAAGUCCCAGUACAGAAACUCCUCCUUGCGAAAUACCAAGUUCAACACCAGCACCAACGCCAGCAUCGACACCAACUACUACAACCACUUCUCCACCACAAUCAGCAACCCCAACAGCCACCCCAUGCAAAACGACUACCAUUAGUUUCCCAACCCCCACAGGGGAAUCUCAUACGCCUACAGUAGACUCGCCAACACCUACCGUUGGCUCUCCUACAUCUACUGAUGCCUCCCCAACUCCUCCAGCUGAUUCUCCUGCGCCUACUGCCGAAUCUUCUACACCUAAUGGAAGCUCGGCCACACCUUCAGGAGAGUCUUCUACGCCUGCAGAUGCCUCAUCAACACCUUCAGGAGGCGCUUCUACGCCAACUCCUACGGAAGGCUCUCCCACGCCUAGUGAAGGCUUAUCAACGCCUUCAGGAGCAUGUCCUACAUCCACAGAUGCCUCGCCAACUCCUACAGUGGACUCUCCCACACCUAGUGGCGGCUCAUCAACACCUUCAGGAGGUCUUCCUAAACCUACUGAUGCUUUGCCACCUUUUGAAACAGACUCUCCUACGCCUACUCACGCCUCGCCAACUCCUACAUCAGACUCUCCUACGCCUACUGGCGAUUCUCCUUCAUCAACUGCAGGCUCUUCAACGCCUUCAGGAGGGUCUCCUGCACCAACUCCUACGGCUGACUCUCCCACGCCUAGUUCAGGCUCAUCAACACCUUCAGGAUCAUCUCCUACAUCCACAGAUGCCUCGCCACCUCCUACAGCGGACUCUUCUACGCCUACUGGCGGGUCUCCUACACCUACUGGAGGCUCAUCAACGCCUUCGGGAGCAACUCCUACGGCAGACUCUCCCUCGCCCAGUGAAGGCUCAUCAACACCUUCAGGAGCAUCUCCUACACCUACAGAUGCCUCGCCAACUCCUACGCCUACUGGCGGCUCAUCAACGCCUUCAGGCGGGUCUUCUACGCCAACUCCUACGGCUGACUCUCCCACGCCUAGUCCAGGCUCAUCCACACCUUCAGGAGCAUCUCCUACAUCCACAGAUGCCUCGCCAACUCCUACGGCGGACUCUCCUACGCCUUCUAGCGGCUCUCCUACUCCUACUGGAGGUUCAUCAACGCCUUCAGGAGCAACGUCUACGGCAGACUCUCCGACGUCUAGUGAAGGCCCAUCAACACCUUCAGGAGCGUCUCCUACAUCUACAGAUGCCUCGCCAAUUCCUACGACAACUGGCGACUCGCCUCCACCUACUGGGGGCUCGUCCACGCCUUCAGGAGGCUCUUCUACGGCAGACUCUACCACGCCUAGUGAAGGCACAUCAACACCUACAGGAGCAACUCCUACGCCCACAGAUGCGUCGCCAACUCCUACGUCUGACUCUCCUUCACCAACACCCAUAGAAGUGUCUCCAACACCCACAGAUGGGCCUACUUCCUCGGGCUUGCCAACACCAACAAUACCUGCACCCACAGGAGGAACUAUCGACUGUGAUCCAACAUGUUGCAAUACAACUGAAGGCUAUACUCACGUUCUGGAAGGUAAUUGCCAGAAAUUCGUAGUUUGCGUGGGCGGAAAAGAAAAUAUAUUUACUUGCUCCAAUAAUUUGCAAUACAAUUCGGCGACUGGGCAAUGUGACUAUCCGAAUAAUGUGAACUGUACAUGGCCCCAAGCCCCACCAAGUGGGCCCUCGGCUGGCCCGUCUGGAACUUAUUGUGAAACUGGAGGACGCUGCGUGGGUCAACCUGAUGGCACCUCCUUUGCUAGCGAAACGGAUGCGUGUAGCUCCGACUACAUUGUAUGCCAAUGUGAGUGCGAGGUGAAACGCAGUUGUUCAUCUCAAUUGAUGUUUAAUGUCAAGUUAGGGGUCUGUGAUUGGCCCACAAGUUUCGGUUGUUAACUCAU